UAUUUUAUCAAUAACUUCGCAGUCACUCUGAAUUGCAGUUUUUUCGCAAUUUUAAAUUACAUUUUAAAUAUAUUUAGAACGCUCAUAAACAGUGAUAGCCAAGCUUCCCUGCAUUGUUUUCCAACGCUCGCUCGCUCGCUCGCUCGCAGCCAAAUUUCACCUAAGCCACGGACACGGGCAUCAUGACCGAAAAGUACGACGGCAAUGGCGACUUCUCCCCGUACAAUGAUGACGAGAACGAGUACAGCGGCAAGCCGCGCAAAACUGCUGGCAGCGGAGGCGGCCCGGGAAGUGGGCCUGGUGCCCACAACGGUGACAGUUCCGUUCACGACCACAGCCAUCAUGGUGGCGAUGGCAAUGGUAGUGUGCAGAUAAACGAGAAGGCCAAUGAAUACAUACGCGACUGCAUGGCCGAAAGAAACCGCAUGGACAGAAAGUUUCCCAUUGGCGAAAAGCUUUUGGAUGGCGAGAUUGAAAAAGUGCAGACAACGGGCCGCAUACCAUCGCGGGAGCAGAAGUACGCAGACAUUUACCGGGAGAAGCCGCUUCGCAUAUCACAGCGUGUCCUAGUGCCAAUCAGAGAGCAUCCAAAGUUUAAUUUUGUUGGCAAACUUCUGGGGCCCAAGGGCAACUCGCUGCGCCGCCUGCAGGAGGAGACGCUCUGCAAAAUGACAGUUCUGGGUCGUAAUUCUAUGCGGGAUCGCGUCAAGGAGGAGGAACUGCGCAACUCGAAGGACCCCAAAUAUGCGCACCUCAACAGUGACCUGCAUGUGGAGAUAUCAACGAUAGCUCCACCAGCAGAGGCAUAUGCACGGAUCGCCUAUGCCAUGGCCGAGCUAAGGAAGUAUCUGAUACCCGACAGCAAUGACAUCAUUCGCCAGGAGCAGCUGCGUGAGCUAAUGGACAGCACCAGCCUCAAUGACAACGACAACGCCAAAAGUGGCUACAAAAAGCCUCCCCACAUGCCCAGCGGCAACAAUCUGAUGAGCGGGGGUCCCGCCAACACCGCUGGCGGUCCCAAAAACACAGCGCAUCAUACUUAUAGGGGCUCACAGCAGUCGUCGUUCAGCAAAAAUGUGCUCGCACCCAAGCAGAAGGUGAUGUCCAUACUGGAAAAGGCCAGAACGGCCAUGGAUGAGACAUAUGGCAGAGGCUAUGAUGAUGGCAUUGGCUAUGACCCACAUCAGUCGUACGAAAGCUACUCCUAUGGCUCACAUGGCCACGGACCGCCCACCAGUAUACUUGGAGGUGUGGGUAGCAUCAAUAGCGGUGGCGGUGGGCGUGGUGGUGGUGGUGGUGGUCACUACGAUAACACGGACUAUGAGCCGGAGUACGGUCGACGGGACUACUAUCAGCAUUCUCCGAGCUAUACAGCAGGAGGUGGUGGUGGUGGUGGUGGCGGAGGGCAUGGAUCUGGCGGCGGCGGCGGCGGCUCACAAUCGAAUGCAAUUGGAAGCACUGGCCUCAGUUCCAAUCACAAUCGCAGUCAUGUUAAUAGGUGAAACUUACUGGGACAUAGCAGUGCCGGCGGAGGUCGAGUGAGCGGCGCAACAAGUGCCACAAAUCCAGUAUCAGCAAACCACAAUCUGACGAUGAAAGACCCAACCAAAAGCAGUCACAACCACAGCAAAAACUUUACGCCAAGCCACGGAACUGAGGGCCAAACUGCACAGAACAGAACUCCCAACAACUAUUACCACGCCAGUGGCAGCUCCAAGCCAAAUCAGCAGCAACUUCAUCAGUCGCAACCAAAAUUCCCACCGCAGCUAUCAGCCCACAGCAACAUGAGCAACAACAACCAAAAAAACACUACUAAUUGUAACAAAGCCAUGAAAAGCAACAACAGCAACAAUAAUAACACCAAUAACAACAUGCACCAAAGCAAUAGCAACAACGAUGUUACGUUUUCAAUAUCCUCCUACAUUCGUACACUCAACCAAAUGGAUUCUAUGCCUGGCCAAAAGAGUGCCAAUACAACCACAACCAAUGCCAACGCAAAUGCCAAUGCCAUCAGCAGCAAAACUCACACAUUAGACAGCAAAAACAACAACAGAAACACCACUACAAGCGCUACAGUGCCAGAUAUGCUAUUAGUAAGACCUGCUUUUCCUUCUUCGCUACAUAUUGGUACAUUUCCGUUCUUGCCAGUGCAGUUUUUCUGAUUUCAACAAUACAACAACUACAUCAACAACUACAUCAACAUCAACAACUACAUCACAAAUACUUUGUACACUUAAAUGCAUAAGAGAUGAUAUAGGGGAUGAGGACGAGGGGAGAAAUAUUUACAAAAUGGAAACAUACAAAACAUAUACAUACAUUUAUAUAUACUAUACAUAUAUAUAUAUUUUUGCGUGCAAGGAUUAACGUUCUAUGAAGAUGAGGCUGGAUCUACAGAUUGAAACUUACUUUUGCGUGGGCUACAAACGAUACAAUUGUGUCAAAGAUGGAUAUAUACACACACACACAUAUACAUACACAUAUAUAUAAAAUAUAUAUAUUGUCCGAUUUUUUAUCUAUAUUUACAAGACAUCUAUAAGAUAAUGGAAUGGAUACUUAGAGCUACAAUCGAUAUGGCAGUUGAAUCAAUAACAAGGAGCGCGGCUCAGCUCAAAGUUGAGAGAUAGUUUAACCGACAAAGAAAAAUUCAACUGACGAAGCAAGACAAAGCUAUGUAUAGGGGACAGACAGCCCUGGGGCUGAGGGUCCGGUCGGGUCGAGACAAAAUCUAUGAGAUUAAAUAACUAAAUAAAUAUAAAUAUAUACAUAUAUACAAUACAUGAAUAUAUGAAAUAAUUACAGAGGGCACAUUUGAAAUCAUAAUUUUAUUUAUAUAUGCAUAUAUAUUUGACGAAGUAAAACUAACGAUAAAAAUACGGAUAAAGCUAAAGAAAAUAUAUAUAUACAAAAACAAAUUAAAUAAUAUUUACAUUAUUAACUGAACUCGACUAAGCGUACGUUGGAGAUACAAACAAGCAACAAGCGACAAACGAUAAAAUACCUAAACAAAGUUAUGUAAUACUCGACAUUUCAACAUAAAUUAAAUCUAUUGAAUACUAAAACAAAUACAAAUAACUAACGGAACACAUGAAUACACGAUUAAAUAUUCGAAUAGGCAAGUUAUUCGGAGAUUGUGAAUACCAGGUCCAUAUACGGACAAUGCUGCAAAUGAUUACUUUAUUAAAACCCAAGAUACGACAACAAUAACAGAGUAAAGAGAAUACUUAAAGCCAAACAAACGUAAAUUAAAAUAACAAUUAACAAAUGAAUACUCGAUUAACUUAAAACAUAUGCGAAAUCUAAGUAAAACAGAUAACUAACUAAUACGAUAUUAUAACGAUACUAAACUAUGUAUGUAUGUACUUAAGCCGCAGCACGGGGCAGGGCAAGCAAAGAGGAAUAAGUAUCUCGAUUACGAUCAUUCUGACUUGAAGACAACGAGACGGGUAGCCGUUGACCGCCCUGUCGAUUAAAUGUAUUAAAGAAUAAUGAAAUCACCUUUAAUAUAUGUAACUCUGAAUACCCACAAUCCAAACAGUUGCGAACCUUGAGGUUUUUGUUCUGGUUAAAUAACCUGAUUUAAUUUAGAUUUUUUAUAUUAGCUAAGUAGAAAGAAAAAGCAAGCGUGUGCCAAAUGAAAAUAUGUAGGAAAGUGGUGAGGUCAAAAAUGAAUCGCAGCGGGGUCACCAAUCCAGACAUCAAUACAUAAUUGUUAUUAUUUAAUACUAUGUUUCAUUUAUCUUUGGAGAUCAGAUCCGAGCGAACCAAUUAAUUAUGUAAUAAUGCAAUGACUUAACAAAUCAAAUCGAAUAAAAUUAAAAGAAUAUCUUGUCCAAAAACAAAGAAAACACUUAAGAAACAUUUACUUACAACCAUGUGAAACGUUAAAUUGUUGAAAACAAUUAAAAGCUAGAUUUUAAAACAAUAUCAGUAAUAAAUGAAAUAGCAAAAAAA